CCAUUCGAUUAGUCCGUUCAACCUCUCUUUUCCGUACGAACUUAGAGAGACUGUUCUACAACCGCUUCCAGAUUCCCGAGGUCAGCGCCCAAACUCAGAACGAGCAGUCACAUCCUGUAAAAGCAGCACAUCCCCACACAAUGGAUUCUCCUGCAAGUCAACAAGACGAUCAGCCCAAGGGCGACGACAGCAAGAAGAUCCUCUUCCGUUUCUGCUCAGAAUGCUCCAACCUGCUGUUCCCCCGCGAAGACAAAGCCAACAACCGCCUUCUGUUCGCCUGCCGAAGCUGCCGCUUCUCCGAAGUCGCUUCUUCAUCCUGCGUCAUGCGCCACGAUGUCGCUUCCUCUGUAGGAGACACAGCCGGUAUCACCCAGGAUGUCGGUCAAGAUCCUACGGUUGGUCUCACUCGUUCUCUGUCCCGCACCACCCUCUCCGACGACUAUGACUACCUCCCGCCCCUAUGCACCAUGUGCGGCCAGGACAUCGUCUGCAUCGAGUGCGGUGAAGGGUCCGCGCCCGGCAUAGCUCUCGAAGCAAGCGAUCCUGACGUGCAACCUGCAACUGGGGCGGGGGAGAACAAGCCUGCUCCACAGAAAUGAGCACUCUUGCAGGGGGUUAUGUCGCUUGUUCUGCUCCUCCUCGGGCAUGCUUGCUGACUGUCCCUUCGCAUCUAGUUGCCUCGGAUUCAUAAGCCUUGCCCGUCCUGCGGCGAGAAUGAAGCCGUCUUCUUCCAGUCUCAGCAGCGUACUGCCGAGACGGGAAUGAAACUCUACUACGUAUGCACCCACUGCGGCAACGUCUGGCAAUAAGUCU